UGUCACACAACAUACAGGCCGAACGUUCUGACUGGUCAGGUGCAGACCAAAUUCAUUAGAAAGAACCCAGCAGUGUCUCUACAACUCCUGAAACACCUGAUCUUCAAUUCACACCAAAUGUAAAUGACAGCUGAGCUCUGAAGAAGGAAAGACAGCGUACUUUCCGCCUCAAAAAAAAGAGUACAACAGGUUAAAUUAUCAAUGGGAAAGAAUACUACAGAAAGUAAGACAAUUAGUGACUUGAUCAGAGGGGCUGGUGAAAAAGAACUAGCACUGUCUUUCUUUGCGUCGAAGUUGCGUAAUGCGUCCGUUCGUAGAAGUGCAAGAGGAAGACGCUGGAGUUAUUCAAACAAGGCUCUGUAAUCUUUGGGCCUCACCUCGGCGCCCGUCGUGCGGCGCCAAGACUGGGCUGGUGACCCUCGUCGGCCCAUCCCGGCCGCCCCGCACACUGUGGCAUCAAAUGUACAAUUGCUUCAUUCUCAUCCAUUCUACUUUUGACAAACGAGUUUGAUAACUAAACACACACACUUCAUAACCCUCUCCUCCCCCCGAGCCUCGAACUGCGCAGGCGUUACCGCCUCCAAUGCACGAUGGGAAAUGUAGUCCUAAUCUGCUGACGUUUUUUCCAAAAUGCAUGCUUUGUAUUUUGCAAAUAAAUACGUAUCGUUUUAUUUACUGCUGCCUCUGUCGAUUUUGUGACCCAAGCAGCUUUGGACGGCCGCAGUAAAAAUAUUGAAGGGAGUUUAACGCAUAUGGCGCUUGUGCGCCAUAUAGUGCGCAGGCGCGGAGUUAAGAGCGCAGGCGCAGUGUGGCCCUGGAGCUGGCGGCGCAGGCGCGGUGGGGCGGGCGAUCGGCGGGUUGCUCCAGUUACCAAGGGCGACGGGCGAAGCGGUGGAUCUGGCAAUGGCGCCGCGGCAGUGAAGAUGGUCAAAUGGCGUGCCUGGUGGACAGUGGUGUGACGAGGUGCAGGAUGGGUGUGUUCAGCAACCGAAGAAGGUGACAUCUCCACACACCUUGCGUGUACAUCUGCUGUUGCCGAUUGUUGAGCAGAGGAGAAGGCAAUGCCAGCCGUAAGCCACGUGCCAGAGGAUUCCUCCGCAUCCUCCGAUGGCGAGGAGCAGGAGGAGCACCCGUGCCUACGGUGGGCAGGCAGCAAUAGAAUGAUCCCCACCUUGGUUUUCUACGCAGAGAGCAUCGUGACAAAAGACAGCAGCUUACGCUUAAUAGGAGAGCGCUAUCACUUGGCGUACAAGAUCGUGCGCACUGAGAGCAGACUGGUGCGCACCAUCUUGACAGUGCAUGGUUUCCAUGAGGUUCAUCCCAACAGCAAUGAUUUCAACUUGAUGUGGACUGGCUCCCAUCUGAAGCCUUAUUUAUUACGCACUCUGCUGGAGUUUCAGAAGGUCAAUCACUUCCCCAGAUCCUAUGAGCUGACCAGGAAGGAUCGUCUGUAUAAAAACAUUCAGCGCAUGCAACAGACUCACGGCUUCAAGCACUUCAACAUUAUACCUCAGGCCUUUCUCCUCCCGGCUGAGUAUCAGGAAUUAUGGAAUGCACACACGAAGGAUAAGGGACCGUGGAUUGUUUAAACCAGUGGCUUCUUCCCCCGGGGCCGUGGGGUCUACCUCGUCAGCCAUCCCAGCCAGAUUACAGUGGAUGAGAGCAUCCUGGUCUCCCGUUACAUCCACUCGCCACUGCUGAUUGACGACUUCAAGUUUGAUGUGCGGUUAUAUGUCCUGGUCACCUCCUAUGACCCUCUGAUGGUGUAUCUCUACGAAGAAGGACUGACAAGGUUUGCCACUGUGAAAUACAACCGUGGCAGCAGAAACAUCAAGAACCAGUUCAUGCAUCUGACCAACUACAGCAUCAACAAGAAAAGCCGUGACUAUGUCAGCUGUGAUGACCCAGAGGUGGAAGACUACGGGAACAAGUGGAGUAUGAGUGCCAUGCUGCGGUACCUGAAGCAGGAAGGAGUGGACACGGCUGCUUUGAUGUCUCGGAUUGAGGACCUCAUUAUCAAGGCACUCAUCUCAGCAGAAAUCCACAUCGCCGCUGCCACCAAGAUGUUCGUGCCUCACAAGGGCAACUGCUUUGAGCUGUAUGGUUUUGAUGUCCUGAUUGACUCCAACCUGAAACCCUGGCUGCUGGAAGUGAAUCUUUCUCCCUCACUGGCCUGUGAUGCCCCUUUGGAUCUGAAGAUCAAAGCCAGCUUGCUGACGGAUAUGUUCACGUUAGUGGGAUUCGUCUGUCACAACCCAAUAGUACGACAAGGCAGACAGAGCAAGACUGGUGGCGAUCUCGCUGCUCGACCUCAAACUCACAAACCGCGGCAGCAGUGGCCUGUAUCCACAAACAAUGGCGAGGUUAAAAGAAGUUCUUCCUCUGGCAAGGAGCGAGCACGCGAUGGGCAGGGACUGAGCACGCUGAGACUGACCAUGGAGGAGAUAAAGGUUUUACGCCAUGCCAUGGAAGAGAAUGAGAGAAAAGGAGGAUUCAUACGCAUCUUUCCAAUGGCUGACAGCUGGGAGUUUUAUGGGCACUUUCUGGAGCAUAAAACCACCUUGAACCAUGUGCUGGCGGUGCGUCUAUUCGCGGGCAAGCAAGGGGCAAAGAGACCGGCAGCUUUAGCAAGAGCUCGUAACGGCGUGAGGCAGAGCAGCCCAGCGGCACAGUGCCGGCAUGAGGUGCUGCAGGUGCAAUGUCAGAAACACUUACAGCAGUACGAGAGGAAGUUGCUGUCACUGGAGGCACGCAAACACCGGCAGCAGCAGCAAGUCACCCUGCAAACAGCGCAGGGGAAAGGCUCAGGGUCUCUGCACACUGUGCCGGCUGCUUCAUCCUGUGGUUCGGAGAGUGAGCUGGAGGAGGAGGAGGAGGGGGAGGAGGAGGAUGUUGAUGAGGAGGAGGCUUCAGAGUGCGAAGCAGAAGUUUCUUUGCUCGAUUGCAGCGGCAAAGGUCCAGGGAAGGCCCCGCCGUUGGUGGCACAACGAGGCGUGGAUGAGAGGCAGCGGAGAGCUCCCACACAGGAGGUAGCGGGCAAGCACACGGCCAUCAGGGGAGAGGCGUGGACCCAGAGCAGAGAGGAGCGCAGCCAGCAGCAACCACGGCCCAACCUGGUGCAGAUGUUACAGCAAGGAGCCAACCUAAGCAAGGUGCAGGCACGCAUGGCCUUUGCUGCAUACCUGCACCGAGUGCAGCUUCGCCUGCUGCAGGAGUGCUGCGGACAAAACAAAGCCAGCUCGCAGGCUGACCGCGAGGAGGAGCAGAUGGAGCUGGUGAUCCGAUUCCUGAAACGAGCAGCUAGUAACUUCCAGCACACCAUGCCGUUGGCUCUGCCCAGCAGCCGGCUGGCCAGCCCCGAGCGUCGCCGCAUCCUGGCCCAUAUUUCUGGCCUCUUCAUCCGCUGCUACAACAAGGAAACAGAUGAAAUAAUUAAGAGGAAGCAGAUGGAUUUGAAUUCGGAGACCUGCAUCCAACAGGAAGAAUUCCAAGUAUUUGUCAGUAAAGCCAGUGAGACGCAGCUGGAAGAGCUGCUCACCAUCUACACGCGCAACAACAAAUCCACCAGCGUCUUCCUUGGGACUCAAGCCACAAGCAGGAGCGAGAGCUCGAGCACGGAAGAUGCUGCAGGCAGGGCGGCCAGAGGUGUGGCUGCAACCAAGGAGGGAGUUGCCGCCGGUGCCUCUGAUGGUUGUGGUGAUGGCAGUCUCUUGGCGCACAGCUCCUCCGCUCAUGGUGUUGGUCGUGCACGCCCGGUCUCGGAGUCAGUUGGCAGCCUGCCCCGGUCACACACGCUGGACCACGGGACACCUCCUCCCCCGGAGACCGAGACCGCCGGCAGGGCUGGUCCAGCGGCUCACCGAGUGGCCUCAGCAACGCCGACGUCUCGCCAGCCCGCACCCCCGGGCAAGGUCCAUGGGCCAAGCUCCGACAGCCUCUCCUCUAUCCCCGCAUCUUCCAUGCAGGCCGCGGCUCACAUCUACAGCCAGAGACUCUCACGGCCAAACUCCGCAACUCCAGGCACGGGUGGCCGCUGCACCCAGCGGCAGAGAAGCAGCGACGGAAUCCACACGCCCGCUCCCCUUGACGAACUCAACCUGGUGCUGCAGCGCCUGGCGGCCAAACACAACCCCCGCCACUGGCCGCAGUCCGCUCACAUCAGCCUCCUGACACAGCACUUAUUGCACAUGGGGCUGGGGAGAGGAGCCCUGAACAGAGGGAAUGCGUUUGUGUCUCCAGCUACGCAGUGGCCAGUGGGUGGCCUGGUGCCAGCACGGACCGUCCACUCUGGCCUGCCGCCCCCUGCUGCUGCGAGUGUGGGCAGAGCUGCCGCUGCAAGUGUGGACAGAGCUGCCGCUCCAGCCUCCUGCGGUCCCAUGGACAUCCAGUGCAUGGAGCACAAGGCCGACGCUGCAUGCAGGACUGCGACUGUGCCGAUGCACCAGGCCGUAGUGGGAGAGCAGCAGUUCCUGCACACGCUGCACCAUCUGCAGCAGCAACAUCUACACUCACGCCAGCUGCUGCACAGCAGCCGAGCAAGGCACCAGGCCAUCUGUGCAGAGAACCAGCUGGACAUCCCCAUGCAGUGGUCAGCUCUGGCCCCAGCCCGCCACAAGCCCCUGGUCAGUGGGCAGUGGGCAGCCGGGCAGCAGAGGCCAGAGCCCGGUCAGGGUAGCCCCACCCCACCUCCCCCGAGACCACCGGCGACAAGCAAGCAGGGGGCGGGCAGAAAGGUCAGCGCCCAGAGAGUGUCCCGAGUGAUUGCCAUUGACAGCCGCCAACCAGAGCCCACCAGGACCUCACUACACACACCUGUCGGCAGCGGCUCAGGUGGGACGUCAGCUACAGCUCAGAGCUCAGCGAUCCCAGCGAGGAACGGCAGUGAAUGGACAUCGGACUACCCAGACCAGACCCACUGACCCACAGAGCGGUCCCACUGACCACCAGGACCAGACCCACUGACCCCUCCUCAGACAGACCCCGCUGAUCCCAGGGUUCAUCACGGAGCGGCCAUGGGAGUGAUGGCAGCGUCACCCGGCUGGAGCAGGGAGUGAGUGUGGAAGAUCACAGAUGCCCUCGACCACUGGUGUGGAGUGACCACGGACACUGUGGGGACUGGACCAUGGGCACUGUGGGGAGUGACCACUGCACACAGUCACUGCUGGGCACUGGUGCUAUGGACGGGCAGGGUCCUGUGGGGGAGGGUGGGCCGGGGCACUGAUGGGCAGUGAGUGGUCCAGUGGCCACGGGGCUGGGCUGCUGCUGGCCCACCGGCCACGGCCCCUCACUCUGACCACAUCGGCAUGUCCCGGUCAGCUUAUCUUUGGAUAUUUCAGUCUGUACAUAAGGGGGGGUGGGGGUGUGUGUGUGUGUGGGUAUUUUUUUACUGCGGGGUGAGGGGGAGGGCCAGAGGUGCUGCUCCCAACACAGGCCACACUUGGCGAGUUUCGGGAAGAUAAAUUAAACAAUGUUGGUGUUUUCCAAUGUCAGAUUCAGAUUCAGAUUCAGAUUCAAACUUUAUUGUCAUUGUGCAGUGUACAGUACAGAGACAAUGAAAUGCAGUAGUCCGUGCGUGUAUCUGACUGGUCACUGCUUCAUAUUGUCUCGUUCACCGACACACUUGCUCCCUUGUCCAACCAUCCUGUACAUGGGUAAUAUCAGCCAACAGGUCAUGUACAGAGAACAAUACCAGAAUGCAGAAUAUAGUGCAGACAAAAAAGUGCAAGAUCUGCAAUGAGGUAGGUUGGAAGAUCAAGACUAGUCCCUAGCUAAUGGAAGCACCAUUCAAUAAUGUGAUGACAGAGGGGUGGGAGCUGUUCCAGAAUCUGGUGGUGCGCGCCUUCACGCUUCUGUAUUGUCUUGUUGCUGAGGGGAAAAGGGGAUGGCCAGGGUCAUAAGUGAUAGGAGUAAAAUCAGAUCAUUUGGCCCAUCAAGUCUACUCCCCCAUUCAAUCAUGACUGAUCUAUCUCUCCCUCCUAACCCCAUUCUCCUGCCUCUCCCCAUAACCGGUAACACGCGUACUAAUCAGGAAUCUAUCCAUCUUUGCCUUAAAUAUAUCCACUGGCGGCCUCCACAGCCUUCUGUGGCAAAGAAUUUCACAGAUUCACCACGCUCUGACUAAAGAAAUUCCUCCUCAUCUCCUUCCUGAAAGAACGUCCUUUAAUUCUGAGGCUGUGACCUCUAGUCCUAGACUCCCCCACUAGUGGAAACAUCCUCUCCUCUAUCCAAGCCUUUCACUUUUCUGUUUGUUUCAAGGAGGUCCCCACUCAUUCUAAACUCCAGCAAGUACAGGCCCAGUGCCGACAAACUCUUAUAGAGUGAUAGUGUGGAAAGAGGCCCUUCGGCCCAACUUGUCCACACCGGCCAACAUGUUCCAGUUACACUAGUCCCUCCUGCCUGCGCUUGGUCCAUAUCCCUCCAAACCAGUCCUUUCCAUGUACCUGUCUAACUGUUUCUUAAACAUUGGAAAUGUCCGAGCCUCAACCACCUCCUCUGGCAGCUUGUUCUAUACACCCAUAACCUUCUGUGUGAAAUAGUUACCCCUCAGAUUCCUAUUAAAUCUUUUACCCUUCACCUUGAACCUAUGUCCUCUGGUCCUCGAUUCCUCUACUCCAGGCAAGAGACUCUGUGCGCCUACCCGAUCUAUUCCUCUCAUGAUUUUAUACCUCUAUAAGAUCACCCUCAUCCUCCUGCGCUCCACGGAAUAGAGACCCAGCCUACUCAACCUCUCCCUGUAGCUCACACCCUCUAGUCCUGGCAACAUCCUUGUAAAGCUUCUCUGAACCCCUUCAAUAUCUUUCCUAUAACAUGGUGCCCAGAACUGAACACAAUAUUCUAAAUGCAGUCUCACCAACAUCUUAUACAACUGCAACAUGACCUCCCAACUUCUAUACUCAAUACUCUGACUGAUCCUCAUCCUUUACCAUGGACACUAAAAUCUUACCAACCAUCAAAGCCAGACUAACGGGCCUAUAGUUCCCACUGUGAGUGGCCAUUGAUUAUGCUGAGUGCUUUCCCGAGGCAGCAUGAAGUGCAGACGGUUAAUGUACAGGUUGGGCAGUGAUGGACUGGGCUACAUCUACCACGCUGGAACCGCUUGUGGACCAGCGCUCCUCGGUAUCAAUGACACAGGAGAAGGAGCCGUUGGACGUAUCCACUGCUCAGUGUGUGGUUGAGCCCUCCAGCGCCUCCUGUUAUCCACACCACCAUGCCGUGACCAGACCACAUCUGUCCUGGCAGCUGAGAUUUCCACCACUUGAAAGACCAUCCGUUCAGCAGUGUCGAGAGCUGGAUGCAGGGUGGACAACAGGGUAACUGCUGCUGGACUGGGGAGCGGUCAGUCAGGGCCACUCCCCUCCACCUCAGUGAGGGAGUGCUGCAGGAGUAACGGUGUUGAGAGCACUGUGUGAGGCAGGGAGAAUGGAAACUGGUCUUUCACCAACCUACCCACCUUCAUCUCCCAUCUACAUUAGUCCUACCUGCCCACAUUUGGCCCAUCUCCCUCCAAACCUGUCCAACUGUCUUUUAAAUGUUACGAUAGUCCCAGCCUCGACUACCUCCUCUGGCAGCUUGUUCCAUACACCCACCACCCUGUGUAAAACGUUACCCCUCAGCUUCAUAUUAAACCUUUCCCCUCUCACCUUAAACCUGUCUGCUUAUUCUUGAUUCCCUUACUCUAGGCCAAAGAUUCUGUGCAUCUACCCGAUCUAUUCCUCUCAUGAAUUUGUACAGCCCCUGCUACAAGAUCUCCCCUCAUCCUCCUGCGCUCCAAGGCAUAGUCCCAGCCUACCCAACAUCUCUCUACAGCUCAGUCCCUCAAGUCCUGGCAAUAUCCUUGUAGAUGUUCUCUUCACCCUGGUUCCUAUAACAUGGUGUCGUGGACUGAGCAGAGCACUCGUUGUGCCGUGUCACGGGGCAAGGGAUUCCACCACCGACCACAUCUCAGUCUCAGUGUGAAGGGUGCAACCUCUCCCCAAUCAAUGGAGCCAGAGAAUGGAGGGGGAGCAGUAAUCCAAACUAUACUUUAAUCUCACCUGUAACACAUACAACAAACAUCCUCUUUUCGUAAAAAAAGUUUAUUCAAUAAUGGAAAAAAAAAAGUACUGAAAAUAAAUUAGCAGGGUGGGAUGUGCAGCGUGUGGCAGAGAUGCUCCCAGAGUUACGGGCAGGUGAGGCCACAGCACCUCACACUCUGGAGCAGUGCAGGGAUCCCAGAGCUAACGUCACCUAUCCACCUCCUCC